AAACCUCACGUUUACACCGGGUCCGGUCUAAAGAGGGACCCUAAUCGGAAACCACAUUUUCCCUUCUGUAUUCUAUCGACAGGCCGAACGCUGGGUGUGAACUCCUACGUCUUCAACCCUAGCCGUAAGUACCUACACGUUCCAGCCACCAUAAACGGUGCUAGUGACUUGAAGAAGGGUAAUGGCAUCUCCUGAUGACGAGGCUGAUGACUUGCCACAAUUGGUUUGACAAGGACGAACCAAUUUCAUUUGCUGUUUUGCCAAUUCAAUGGAGAGAGGGAGAGAGACAAUUAUUAUUUUGACGCGACAUUGGUGGCAGUCUUGCGUUUUUCCUUCCCUGACUUCAAGUCUUCGGCCUCUCUCCAAUUCCAACAAGCACCCACCACAUGCCCUUCCUUCCACGACUCUCUUGUCUCUCCCUCUUAAACCAAAACACACCGAAAACCAUCCGACACCUCAAACAAAUUCAUGCCCAGUUGAUCACCAACGCACUCAAAGUACCCUCUCUUUUGGCCAAGCUCAUGGAACAAUACUGUUUUCUUUCUUCUUCCCCACAUGCCCAUUUGAUACUUGAACACUUUGGCAAUGCAAACCUGUUCCUCUUAAACACUUUGAUACGAUGUACUCAACCUAAAGACUCCAUUCUUGUCUUUGCCAAUUGGGUUUCAAAGGGAGAGCUGGCAUUCGAUGAUUUUACAUAUACUUUUGUUCUUGGAGCUUGUGCUAGAGCUCCUGCACUAUCAACAUUGUGGGAAGGGAGACAAAUACACGGGAAAGUUUUGAAGCAUGGAGGAAUAUCAAAUAUUUUGGUGCAAACCACAAUGAUAUAUUCUUAUGCUAAUAACAAGGAUGUUCUCUCGGCACGAAUGGUGUUUGAUGAAAUGGUGGUGAGAAGUUAUGUUACAUGGAAUACAAUGAUUACCGGGUAUUGUUCCCAAAGAGAAGUUUCUAAGGAAUGUGCUCGUGACGCAUUGACCUUGUUUCGGCAAAUGUUGGAUGAUGGUUGCGGAGUGAAACCUACCGAUACUACCAUGGUUUGUAUUCUUUCUGUGGCUGCUCAAUUGGGUGUGUUGGAAACAGGGAGUAGUGUUCAUGGGUAUAUAGAGAAGACGAUUUGUGUUCCAGAAAAUGAUGUGUUUAUUGGAACUGGUUUGGUUGAUAUGUAUUCAAAAUGUGGGUGCCUUGAGAGUGCUUUAUCCGUUUUCAGGAGAAUGAAUGAGAGGAAUGUGUUGACUUGGACGGCAAUGGCUACUGGACUAGCUAUCCAUGGGAGAGGAAAGGAAGCAUUGGAGCUUUUAGAUGCAAUGUGGGCUUAUGGUAUUAGGCCUAAUGGAGUGACUUGUACUAGCUUGUUAUUUGCUUGUUGCCAUGUGGGGCUUGUCGAAGAAGGUCUUCAUUUGUUCGACAAGAUGAAGAGUAAGUUUGGUGUCAUGCCUGGAAUGCAACAUUAUGGCUGCAUAGUCGAUCUUCUUGGUCGGGCUGGGCACUUGAAAGAAGCGUAUGAAUUUAUCAGGGGGAUGCCAGUCGAACCUGAUCCCAUAUUAUGGAGGAGUUUGCUAAGUGCUUGCAAAGUUCAUGGGGAUGUUGCAACGGGUGAGAAGGUGGGGAAGCUUCUCCUUCAGCUACAUCCAGAGAAGAGUGCUGUGGACUUGGUUUUGAGGGGUGAAGACUAUGUAGCUUUGUCAAAUGUUUAUGCUUCAGCAGAAAGGUGGAAGGAUAUGGAGACGGUGAGACAGAAGAUGAAGAUUAAGGGGAUAGAGAACAAACCUGGUUGUAGUUCAAUCCAAACCAUGAGCAAUCCUCUGUAGGAUGGGUUGUAGAUUUUGGUAGCAAGUAGGGGACGGGCAUAUGGAAGUAAGCAAAAGGAAUUCAUCAGUGAGCGCAAAGAUGAAAGAUGCAGAGAGAAGAUAUGGAAAUGAAAAUC